AAAAAUAUAGAUUUUUUAAACGAAGAAAAUAAAUAUCAAAUAUGUAUAAAUAAAGAAAAAGAAUCGAAAUAAAGACAUGAAAAAUUUGCUGGCCUUAUUAUUGUUUUGUGCUGGAUUUAGUUCAGUUUUAUUAGGUUGUACUGAAGAUAUUACUACAGACUAUCAAUUGACAACAAGUGGUUAUCAUGUUGAAUCUAAUGUCUCAUGUAUAAGUGUUUGCAAUUCUUAUAAUCCAUCAGUUUUUCUUUUUGCUUUUUUUUUUGAAAAUCAGCUUUGUUUCUGCAGUAAUGCUUCACUUCCACAGCUAAAUAUAUUUACAAACAAUACUUGUUUUGAAAAUACAUGCUUAAAUGGCAACAGCAGUACUGAUUGCAUUUUCAGUUAUCAAGUUUUUCCACUCACAUUAGGUAUUAUUGAAAGAAAUAUAAUUUUUAGUCCCAAGAUUGCUGUUGUUGAUAAUGAAGUUCAGAUACAGACAAAUGUGGUGAAAGGAGGCGCUUCAAGUGCAUAUGUGAUACCAAUACCUAAUGAUUUACCACCCUUGGUUCAAACUGUUAAAGGUAUGACUGUUAAUACGCAUUUUUAUUUACCUGGUCUACACAAGUGGACUCAAACAAUAGGAAAUAGCUAUGCAGAUCCAUUUAAUACAACAAGUUGGUUGCAAGUUAAUGAAGGUGUUGGUGGUGUAAAUAUAAUCCCUUCAACUGAUAUGGUUAAUGGGGUGUACAAUUUCUUUUUGACUAUUACGAAAGGCACAAACCUUAAUGUAAAUAUAAUGCUACCAAUGAAUGAAAAUUUGAACUUUACUACUGACAUUAUGCGUUUGUCAUUUGGGUAUGAUUUGGCAUCUUUAUAUACAUCUCAAGCAACAUCUUGCUCUCUUGAACCUGGUUUUGUUUUAAAACAAGUUGUUUUAACUUCUGGUUAUUUAACAAAGUUAAAGUUGAAUGUUUUUGCUAAAGGAACUUUAGAAGUUGCUAUUCUGCGACCAAAAAGCUCAAGUUUUUUCAAAGUAUCAUUAGUAAACCAAUCUCAAAUGUUAAAUACACCUAAAAUAGUAACAGCUUUGGUUGUCAAACAAUUUCUGUUCUUACUAAAUGCCAUUGGAGUUUUUGAAAUAUCGUUUAAUAGCAAAAACAGUGAAGUUCAAGAAAAUGACAUGAUAUGGAUUGGUGGAACUGCUAGUUUGAUUUGUGAUAGAACAGAUAAUGAACCAAUGAGUGGAAUUCAGCUUGGUAAAACAAUUACUUUUUCUACUGAUGCACCCAACAAUGGUUUUUUUAUAUCAUUUUUUAUAUCAAAGCCAUUUGAAUAUUUGAUUCCAAUAAAUACUGUGGGAUUAUUUAAUUUGCUUGCAAAUGUCUCUGAUUAUGUGCCAUCUUUUCAAAUAGUGAAUUAUUCGUUUCCCAUUCAGAUUCCAGUUUCUGGUUUACGAUUUGCUGAAAAUUAUCCGAUUCAAAAAAAUGUUGCAGGCUACAAGCCUAAAAGUUUGUUAUUAUUAAAAGCUGUUAUACAAAGCGGAUCAGAUGUUUCUUAUUUGUUUGAUAUUCCAAAGUUAAAUUAUUCUGCGAACAUAUCCAAUGGAGACACUGUAAAUUUCACAAUGACUACCUUAGGAUUUUUUACAGUGUAUCUGACAGCAGCUAACAGGUUUAAUUCUAUUAGUACUUCAAUUGACAUUGCUGUUUUAUCAGAAAUAAAUGGUCUUUUUUUGAAUGUUGUAAAAGAACAAUUACAAAACUCAAGUUAUAACACUACUGUAAGCUUAUUUAACGGAACUGAAGUACAACUAAUGAUUGAUUUUGGUGAUGGAACACCUCCAACAGUUUUAACUAACAUUAUUGGGACUGGUGUUAAUGGUUACACUUACAUAAUCAAUCACACAUAUUCUGCAUGCAAGGUGUACACUAUCACUACUUAUGCUGCUAAUGUACUAGUAUACCUUAAUGAAACAGUUUAUUCUUCUUACUCCAAUUCUUCAAAUGUAACUGUUUUUUGCUUAAUGUCUCCAUUAAAAGUGAAAACAAUACCUUAUCCUUCACUUUAUAUAGUGGAUAAAAAACAAUAUGUUAAAUUAUCUUUUAAAAAACCUUUUAUAUUAAAUAUAUAUCAAGAUAAAGGAUCAUAUAGGAAUUACUCCAUAGAUUGGGGUGAUGGUACUUACUCUUAUUAUAAUCAAUCAGUUAUGAAUCUGAAUGAAUACUCUCCUGUGUCAUUUCAAUUGAUUCAUUUAUAUGAAAAAGAGAGUAUAUACAAUCUUAUUGUAAACAGCAGUAAUGCAUUGCAAACAUUGAGUUUUAGUAAUUACAUUGAUGUAAAUGAAUGUUCUGUGCCAGAUGUUAGUUUUUAUUAUGGUACUAUUUCAGAUCCAGUAACUGUUGUUCGAAGUAUCUCAAAUGAUUUUACUGCAAUUGUUGAUAGUGUUAGACAGACUUGUAAAAUUGAAAAGUUUAGUUUUCAAUGGAAUCUGAGUAGUUCUAUUUCACCAAUAAAUUCAACAGAAGGGAUCCUAUCUCAACAAAAAGUAACUUAUACAAUCUCAAAAAAUUUCCUUGAUUUUGGUAUAUACUAUUUAAAUUUGCGGUAUACCUAUGGAUAUGAUUAUUAUGAUUAUAUUGCUUACCUAAAUGUUACAUUUUUACCAUUGUCUAUGAGCAUUAAGAAUGGCCUUUAUGCACCUUAUGCUUAUAAAAUAAAAGAUGAAAACAAUACUAUUUUUCAAAAUUUUACAAUAAGUGCAACUUCCAGUUAUGAUCCAGAUAAUCAAGAAAGCGGGAUUCAAAAUAUCACCUUUACCUGGAGUUGUAAAGUUGCUUCUGAUUUUUUAGAAGCAAGUUAUGUCAUGGAAAAUUUUACAAAAUUGAAUAUGAAUUUUUCUAGUGAUACAUGUUUUAAUCAAACAUGGAUGGAUAUUUCUUCAAACAGCCUUAAAAUGAAUUUUAGCACACAACAGUUUUUAGAAGGAAUUAAUUAUCAUAUUAAAGUUUGUGGAACAAAAGUUGCUGGAAAAGAUAUAUAUUUAAAUGAACUAAUCAAGACUAACUGUUUUGUUCAAGAAAUUCUUAUUGUUAAACAGAAUGUACCAGUUAUUGCUUUAAAAUGCAUAUCCAACUGUGAUGAAAAACUGAAUUUUAAAGAACGUUUUAUAUAUUCAUUUAUCUGCACAGAUUGUGGUUUUCAAAGACUAGCAGCAAAGUGGACUAUAACAAAUGAUUCUGGUGUUGUUCCUUCUGAGAUUUUGUCAGAAACUGCUACAACUACUGGCUUUUUAACUCCAAGUUUAGUUAUAAAUAAAGAUAUUCUUCUUGAAUCAACCAACUACACUUUUACUCUUGUGGUUGGUUUUGAAGGCUCAGUAUAUAAAGCUAAGUUUAAGUUUACAAGGACCACAUGUACCGCACCAACAUCAGGAAUUUGUUAUGUUGAUCCAAAGGAAGGUGUUGCUCUUAAAACUAAGUUUGGCAUUUUUUGUAACAAUUGGAAAGACUCAGAUGGGUUGCUAAACUACAUGUUUUUUUAUGAUAAUGGUCAGUCACAACGCAUGAAUCUUACUAGUACAACAACAACUGAUUAUCCUAUAUUAAAUGCAGCAUCUACUGACAAGCCUAAUUUAAUUGACUUUGUAUUGGGACCUGGUGAUAAAAAUAAUGACCUUAUAAUAAAAAUUAUUACACAAGUGAGUGGAAAAUACAAAGCAUACACAGAAAGCACUCAUUACAUAAAGGUUUUUCCAAAUGAAAUACCUAAAAAUAUGACAAACUUGAUGACUAAUGUCAAUUUGCUUGAUGUUCAAAGUGUCACUAAUCUUGCUCAAGCAAUAAGUUCUAAUGCUAACAAAAAUUCUGUUGAUUUUUAUAAUGAAACUGAAAACAAUGUUAAAAACCAGCAUCAACUUUUGGAUUUACAAGAAAUACGCAAACAAGUGAUUGGUUUACUCAACAAUGUUUCAAUCAAAGAUUUAGAUUCUUUUAAAUCAGUAAGUGAUGCAUUGGUUGUUACAUCACAAGUUCCACUGGAGUUGGGUCUUUCUGCUCAGAAGCAAGCAGCAGAUAUCAUUGAUAAGUUGGCAAUCCUAUUUACAAAAGAUAAUUUUAAAGGUAUUGGUGCAGACCACUAUGAUAUAAUGACUCAAUCCUUUGUGAAUUCAAUCUCAAAUUUAUUUCAAGCUGGUUUAAACAAUAAUAAAACAGAGAUUGUUCUUUCUGCUAAUCAAACAACAGUUACAACAACAGCAGCUACAACACCAUCAAAUCUUUCAGAAGGAAACUCAGAUUUUAUGUCAAAGUUGUUCAAAUCGUUAGGAAAUUAUUUUUUAAUUGCACAAUCUUACAAAGUACCUGGUGAAAAAGCUACCGUAGGUGAAACAAAUCAGUUUGUGUUUGUAUUGAAAAAAGAUUUUUCAAGUUAUUUGAGCAACACUACAAUUGGUUCAAUUGAUGGUGGUUUUACGCUUCCAGAUUCUCAUGAUAUGUUCAAUGAGUCAGUUCAAAAAAUACAAAUCUUACAACAUAAUGUUAGAAUGAAAGAAAUUGUUUAUACAUGGGACACUGAUCGAUCUCGAAACAUUCUCUCUGAAUCUCAGAGUCUUACUUUUUCAGAUGUCAAUGGUCAUCCAAUAAAAGUGAGCAACAGUUCACAACCAAUUCACAUUGCUAUCAAAAAUAUGCCAGAAAAAAUGUACAGCAAUAAUAUAUCUUUAUCAAUGCCCAAUAAUAUAUAUCAAGUAAGACUGCCAUUGAUACCAGAUUGUAACAUGCUUCUGAAGUUUCUGAUAAAAAAUGAUCCAAAUAAUUUAACAAAUCUUAUUGUUUACAUUCAGUAUGGAAAAGUUGCAACUAAAUUUGAACACGAUAUUAUGCUGAAUAUUUCUGCUAAACAUGAUGUUGUCAUGACAAAAAAUUAUAAUGUAAAAAACAUCAUGAUAACUGAAAACACAAAUUCUGCAAAUAAUGGUGGUUUACAAAGAAAUCAAGAUGCUUAUCUUAACAAUGAUAGCACAUUAGUUUUAUGGAAUUUCAGCAAUGCUACAUUUGCAUUUUUAAACAAUAGUGAACUACAUUUAACUUUUUUAUAUACUGGCCCUAUGCCUGAUAAAAAACUAGAUCAAAAUCCAUACACUUUCGAUGAAGCAGAGUCUUAUGGGACUUUUGACUACGAGAUGAAAUCGUAUUGUGUUGAUUGUAAUUACUGGAAUGAAGAUGUCAACAAAUGGAUGUCUGAUGGAUGCCAGCUUGAUUAUUAUAACACAACCUUUUUGGUCACUAAAUGUAAAUGUACUCAUUUGACAGCUUUUGGUGGAUUUUUUGUUUCCCCAAACCCAUUACCUAAACUCUCAAUAUCAAAGAUAAAAACAGGUUACACUCUUCUUAUAAGUGUUGUAAUUAUCAUUAUGCUAUGGAUUAUUGGUUUACUGCUGGCCAGGAGAAUAGACAAACAUGAUGCAUUAAAGGUUGGAGUGUGUCCUCUUCUUGAUAAUUUACCUGAAGAUAAGUAUUUAUAUGAAAUUGUAGUGAAUACUGGUAACCGACGAAAUGCUGGCACCAAAUCAAACAUCUUUUUCACUGUUACCGGUGAUGUAACUGACAGUGGAGUGAGGCAUUUAAAAGAUCCAGAAAGAGAAUGUUUUCAAAGAUCAAGCUGCGAUGUUUUUAUAAUGACAACACCAAGGACACUUGGUGAUUUAGACUUCAUUCGAAUAUGGCAUGAUAACAGUGGAGGAGGAUGGUACAUAAAAAAUAUUGUUAUUACUGAUCUUCAAACUGAAAAAAAGUAUUUAUUUAUUUUUCAACGUUGGAUUGCCGUUGAUUGCAGCUCAUCUUUAGACUGUGUUAUUCCAGUAGCAUCAAAUGAGGAGUCUACAAAUUUUACCUAUGUUUUUCAAACUAAAGCACAUAAUAAGUUUCUAGAUGAACAUUUAUGGUUCUCAAUAUUUGCUAGACCUCCUAAAAGUAACUUUACCAGAUGUCAACGGUUAUCCGUAGCUGUUUCCUUGAUAAUGACUUCAAUGAUGAUAAGCACAUUGUUUUAUCAGCGUGUUCCUCCUGCUAAACCAGCUAUAGAAAAUCAGUUUGGCAACUUUACUUUUACUUAUUCAACGGUUUUUCUGUUGUUGGUUUCUUCCUUAGCCAAGUUACCUGUACAACUAUUAAUAAUAAAAAUUUUUCGCUUAAAGUUAAAACAUUUUAAAUAUGUCAAAGACAAUUCAAAUAGUUUUCUAGAAUCUUCUAAGAUUAAAGAAAAGAAAAAAGCAUACACAUUAUAUCGCUUGCAGGAUGUUUCAAAUGUAAGUUUUGAUGAACAACAAAACACACAUAGCAAAAAACCUCAUCUAUUCAAUUGGUAUUUGUAUAUAGGAUGGUUUAUUUGUGUUGGAAAUAUUUUUGUGUGCAGCUUUAUAGUUUUUUUAUAUGGAACGGAGUUUGGAAAUGCCAAAUCAUUAACUUGGUUGUCAAGUGUAACUAUUGAUUUUGUUAAAGAUAUAUUUGUAAUUGAACCAAUGAAAAUUUUUGUGUUGGCAGUUAUAGUAGCUCUUGUUGUAAAAAAAGUUAAUGAAGAUACUAUUGAAGUUGAGAAUGAAGGUAAAGUGUUGGCUCAUGAUGAAGUUUGGCUCCAUAAAAUGAAGCAUGAAUCAGAAAAUUUAAAAAAAGAAAAUUUGAAAUCACAACCACUUGAUUCAAUGACAUUAAAUAAGAUGAGAGAGUUAGGAUUAAAACACAAGAAGAUAAAUGCUCUAAUUAUAGAACUUACAAUGUACACAUUAUAUGCAACUUUAGUAUUUUUCAUUGGCUAUAAGACACGUGAGGGUAUUGCUUUUUUUCAAACUCGCAAUGUGGGAGAAUUAUUUAAUUUGCAAUUGAGGCCAGGUGUUUCAUAUAAUGAGAGUACAGUUUUUAACCAGAUUCAAUCUUCAAAGGACUUUUGGCCAUGGAUGGAGAAAUUUUUUUUACCUAAAGUUUAUCCAGAUCCUUGGUAUAAUUUGAGUAAAUUAUAUGCAAAUACAGACAAAAAAGAUUUUCCUGGAAAAGUGUUUUUAAAUGAUCUUACCUCAAAGAUUGUGAAUGGAAUAAGAAUUCGACAAAUUCGAGUGCAGUCAAAUUCAUGCAUAAAGCCCAACUUGGUUGCUGAGUAUAUUAAAAUAGAUUGCUUGUCUCAAUUUUUUUCUGCAUCAGAAGAAACUAGAGAUUUUCAUUUAAAUUGGUCUUCAAAACUUAAUUCAACCAAGGAUUCGUUAAAAACACCAUGGAGUUAUCAAACAUGGCAGGAACUUGAUGGGUAUCCAUAUGCAGCUGAUUUAGACACAUACUAUGGUGGAGGUUAUGUUAUAGAAAUCUUUCCUAAAUGGAAAAACAAGGAAUUACUGGAACAAGUUAAGGAUUCUAGAUGGAUUGAUAGACAAACUCGGGCUGUAAUAAUUGAGUUUGCUUUGUUUAAUGCCGUUACUAAUUACUUUAAUAUGGUUAUAAUGGUUUUGGAAUUUCCUGCUUCUGGUGGAGUUGUGCCUAACUUUUCAAUUAUUACCUUUAACUUAUACUCAUCAACCAAAGUAUUAGGAAUUACCAUGAUGGUUUCUCAAAUACUGUUUAUUUUGAUGAUGUUAGUGAUUACAGUUCGAGAAUGUCGCUUUUUGUAUCGAGCAGGUCGGAUGUACUUUUUAGAGUUUUGGAAUUUAGUUGAGGCUGCAAUAAUUAUACUUUCAUACAUUGCUGUAGGAUUUUUUUUUUAUAAAGAAUAUCUGGGAAAGUCUUUAUUGAAAAGAUUAUCUACUAAGAAACCACAGAUAUUUAUCAACUUCCAGUUUGCAUCUUACUGGGACUUGACAUACAUAAACAUUGUAGCGCUAAUUGUUUUUUUUGUAACUUUAAAGUUCAUUAAGCUCUUGCGGUUCAAUCGUCGAAUUUCAAUGCUAUCUUCAACUUUAAAAGCUGGUUGGUAUCCUUUAUCAAUGUUUGGAAUUAUAGUUCUCAUCAUUUUGUGUUCAUUUAUAUUUUCAUGCAACAUAAUGUUUGGUGCAUUCAUAGAUGGAUAUCAAACUUAUUUCAAAACAAUUGCUUCCAUUAUUUCCUUAUUAUUAGGAAAGUUUAGUUACAGUCAUUUUGGAAAAGCAAACCCUGUACUUGGUCCAAUUUUUUUUUUAACAUUUAAUAUCAUUGUCAUUUGGAUAGUUAUAAAUAUGUUUGUAUCCAUUUUAAAUGAUGUUUUUGAAGCAGUUCGUACAAGCCUUGAAACACAGAGUAAUGAUUUUGAAAUGGUUGACUUUAUAUUGGAGCAUUUUAAAGAUUUGCUUGGAUUUAGACCGAUAAAAAAAGAAGACAUGGACAAAGAAGCUGAUAUGGCAUAUCAAAAUAAAAUUGUUCCCACAAGCUUAAAUUCUCUGAUAACUCCUUCUGUUACUUCAGUGAGAAAAUUAAAAAAGAAAUUUUCUGAUCGUUAUAAAGUAAAAAAGGAAAGAUUUCGUGCAGUUGAAAUCAACGAUAACCUUAAACUGACUGUAAUUCAGCAGAAUUUUUCCAAAUACGAUUAUUUAUUAAACGAUAAUGAAGUCGAUUCAAACGAAUCUCUGAAUAAAUUUAUUGCUUGCACAAGCCUUCUCUACAAGUCUUCUUUGGCUAAUGAAAAAAUUCAUGUUUCAAAAAAUGAUGAGCGCCGUAUGAUUAACGUAAAAACUGAUUUUGAAGACGAUGAGUGUUCAAUAGAAAGUAUAGAAAUCUCAUAAUAAAAGUAUUUUUUGAAAGUUAAAGCAAAAACAAUAUCAAAAAAUUUAUUUAUUUUAAAACAUCUUAAGCCGACUCAUUGGUUUUUACGUCUGAAACAUUAAAAGACUUUAAAACCAUAUCCGCUUUUUUUUUUUUAAGUUUUAUAAAGUAAUUUUUUUUAUAUUUAUAAAAUUAAUAAUAAAAUAGAUGGCAUGAAAUUAUUUAUUUAAACGCAUUUGGUAAUAUAUAUAAAUUAGCUUAAAAGGUAUAAUGUUGUUUUGUAUUGACAAUAUAUGAUGUAUCGCAAAUACUAUUUGUCACUAUGAUUUAU